AUGAACUGGGCAGAUGUCAUCAUUUGUGUCGGUGUCAUCUUUACAGACUACAGCACUGUUGGAUGGACGGCCUUACCCAGCGUACCCCAACUGCUUGUCGACAUCGAUAGUGUGACUGUAGCGUCUAAACUAUACUGCAGCAAUGUCCAGAUGAGUGAGUUCCUGACCAGGCUCUCAGAAACAGUCUGCUGGAACGAUACUACUAUGGUCGAGUACAACCGCCUCCGCCCUGAUCCAACUUUGGGAGAGCCCUCUGGCGGGCCCGAGAGACUGACAAGGAAGGAGAUUGCUCGACAAACACAGGUUUUGAUCCGCCUCAAUCCUCAGACAGUCGUGUUUGCCGACACUGGAGAUUCAUGGUUCAAUGGGCUCAAGCUCAGCCUCCCGUUCGGUGCUGAUUUCGAAAUAGAGAUGCAGUGGGGUCAUACUGGAUGGUCUAUCCCCGCCUCCUUCGGCUAUGCCCUUGCAAGGCCUCAGAAGAGGAUCGUGGUAAUGGUAGGCGACGGGGCAUUCCAAAUGACAGCUCAGGAGGUAUCCCAAAUGGUUCGCUUCCGAGUGCCCAUCAUCAUACUCCUCAUGAACAAUAAAGGCUAUACUAUCGAGGUGGAGAUUCAUGAUGGACUCUAUAACCGCGUUCAGAACUGGGAUUAUGCACGCCUGGUCGAGGCAUUCAGUACAGAUAAUGCGAAGGGACGCGCGCUUGGUCUGGAGGCCCAUACGUGCGAGGAAUUUUCCAGGGGUCUUGAACGGGCCAUGGCGCACACGAAUGGCCCAACACUUAUUGACUGCAAUCUUCAUCAGGAUGACUGCAGCAGAGAGCUGAUUACGUGGGGGCAUUUUGUAGCGGCUGCCAAUGCACGAGUACCGAAAAAUGAAUAG